AUGUGCUCUCAAUCCGUUCCAGACGAAUCGACAUCAACCUCAUCCGCCGCUUCGUCUCCCUCUCCGCCCUCUUUGACGGCCAUUUUAUUUAAUUUUUCAAAAACGCUUACUCCCUUUGAAUGCGAUCUCUUGCGAAAUCCACCCUACGACCUCACCAUUUCUCUCGAGUCUCUUUUAGAUCCAAUGCGCAAGAGACGCAGAAACUAUAUCAGAAAUAAUUCGCUACCGCCACGUCCUCGAAAUUCGUGGUUAAUCUUUCGCCAAGACUUUGAAAGUCGUUUGCGUAUCCGGUACCCCAACGGGUUGUACAGUAUCCAGGAUGUUUCCAAGAUUGCUGGCAAGGACUGGAGACGUCAAUCACAAAUUGUUAAACAAUAUUUCAACGUACUUGCUAAAUUAGUUCGUCAACAACACAAGUGCGUCUAUCCCGAUUACGCCUACAGACCCCAAAAGAAACAGCGCAAGGCAGAGAACAAGUGGUUGUUCAAAGUGAUGGAUAAAGACAAUUUUGUGAGAUGCGAAAAGCGUGAAGAUAUUGCAAACGAACGAAAUAUCGAAGCGGGAAAUGACGGACUUAUGAUCAAUCUGGACGAUUACGACUUCUCCGACGACAUUCGUACCGAUGAUAUUGAUGUUUCCCAGCUUCCUACUUUACUAUAUAGAUGA